AAGCAUAAGAACAGACAUGAGGACCGAGAUGUUGCGCUAAUCUUCAGCAUCGGACGCAUGAUUUGGAAGAUUGGCAAUUUCAAGAGCUACCUGUACCUAAAAGUGGUCUGGCCUUGUUUCGCCAACUGGUUCGUGCUGUCGGGACGAUGUAUUUGGAUGCGCAUUAGUCAUGACAACAGUCAAAGGAGACCGCCCCGACAGCACAAUCGAGUUGUCAAGGCGAGACUUCCUGGACGCGGGAAGAAAGGUGGCCUGGACGGCAUAGUUGACAGCCAACAGACAAUCAAGUGGAUGGACGCCAUAAGAACGAAACCCUCGAACCCUCGGCCAAAUGGACUGGUACACGAGUCCCUUGUUCGAGGCCCACCGACACCCGAUUUGCCUAUGCAGCCCUAA